CGGCGGCGGCGGCGGCGGCGGCGGCGGCUCCUCCCCUCCCCGCAUCGCGGGCGUCAGUCUCGGGGAGAGCGGGAAGGCCUUUGUGUAUGACUGUCCCACACAAACAGGAAGACCAGCGAAUCAGAGGGCGGCUGAGAGUCAUCACAGCGGAAUUCUGGGAGACAUCGCCACAGCUAUCACAACUGGACAGGAGAUCUCCGCAGGACACCCUCCCUGAGAUGGCAAAGAAGGGCAGCGAAUCAGAAGGUGGCUGAGAGUCAUUACAGUGGAAUUCUGGGAGACGUUGCCACAGUCAUCACGACUGUACAGCAGUCAGGCUGGACCAUCUGAUGAUGAGAGGAAUGGGCUUGUGGCUUUUGCCUUUUCCCCCUCUGGGACCUACGUUGCUGUAACUAUGGACAAUAAGCAGUUACUGCUGUUUCGUACCAGACCAUGGGAGUGCCUCAGUGUCCGCACAGCGCUACGUCGAUCCACUUCAGUGACCAUCACAGGAGCAGAGGACCGCAUCCUGCUGGCUGAUAAAUCCGGUGACGUGUACAGUUUCUCCAUCAAUAAGCCUGAUAGUCCAGGGCAGCUCCAGCUUGGGCACCUUUCCAUGCUGCUGGCUGUGGCAGUGAGUCCAGAUGAUCGAUAUGUGAUUACAGCUGAUCGGGAUGAGAAGAUUCGAGUUAGUUUACUGGAGCAGCCAUAUAUCAUUGAGGCAUUCUGUCUGGGCCAUCGCGAGUUUGUUAGCCAGCUUUCCAUUCCUCCAAAUCAUCCACAGCUUCUGGUGUCUGGCUCUGGGGACGGGACUAUCCGACUGUGGGAGUAUGAAAAUGGAACUGAGAUGCACUGCCUCGAUUUGAGUGAGCUACGCCCUUCUGGGUGUGAGAAGAACAGAUGUGCUGUGGUACGUCUCGUCCACUGCAGAGGGAAGGAUUUCUUUGCAGUUCUGUGUGACAGUCUCUCCUCAGUGUAUGUUCUGGAGUUGGAUGUGAAAGCUGAGAGACUCAUUCACCAGCAGACGAUCACAGCGAAGCAGCGAGCCUGGGAUGUGACGUUCGAUGACUGUGGUGGGCUCUGGCUGUUGGAUGGUGACAUAGCUGUUCUAUACCAAUUACACGAGGGGCUGUGGCGGGAAAUUCCGGAUCAUCCAGAUCAAAUGAGGAUCAAAGAGGUUAUUCGUUCCAACUGGCCAGUAUUCGAGGGCUCAGGGUCUGCAAUUAGCUACAGUAAUUUGUACAAAAUGAGCAUUGAUAACAUGGCUGAAUAUCAGUUGAAGAAAGAGCAGAGAAUUGAUCAGAGACAGAAAAAAAGGACAUCGGAGCUCAUGGCUGAGAGCAGAGACAGCAAAAGGCCAAGAGUGGGAGGAGUUAUGAUGUGAUGCUGUGUAAAUGCUGUACAUUGUGACUCCGAACUGCGCCAUUUGGUUUGGUGACUGUAAGCCAUUCCUCAGUGGAAUCUGAAUGCAUAGAACUGCUGGUGGGGGAACUGUGUGGGUGAGUGAGGUGCUUACUGUCAGCACAAGGUGGGAAGGUCAAACAUGGAAUGCUGCAGCAGCCCAUCAAAGGGGAUUCAGGAGGAAAUCCGAGGAGCUGAGGAAAGUGAAAGACUGAGCAAUCUGUCGAAAAUCCAUUGAUAAACUCAGCAGAUCUUGGCAUGGUUCCUGUUCUUUACCAGUUGUGACCAAUCAUCUUGACUGCAGAAUUUGAAACCAGCAAAUGGCAUUGAGCCCUAAGCCUAUUGCAUCGUUCAGUGAGAUGAUGGUUUGUGUAUCUGAUGUAUUUCCUCCAGAGCCAUAUGUACCCUUGGCUCGUAAAAAUCUCAGGUUUCAAGUUCUUCAUUAAGCGAGUGGCUACUCUUAACUGGGGCACCUCUCAGCCACUAGGGUGGGUUUAGCAAUGUUAAGCCAUGGUCUUGAAUUUAGAUCAGUCUUUCGUUACCUGAUCUGCAGAGAUUUGCUAAUGAUUGCACCCUGGUUAAUUCUGUCACUUCCAGACAACCUCAAUUCCAUUACAGUAACAUUCGACCAUUCUGGUGUUGAACAGCAGUGAACAUUUUUGAAAAUAAAUCAGUACUGAUAUGGUG